AUGGCGGCCUCUAGCGAUUUCGCGUCUGCUAUGACCGGCCGGUCGCUCCGCAUGGUCCGGACAGAGCUGGAGUUUCUUGCCGACACCUCUGUGAUCACUCCCAGACAGCUCUCCUCCAUCCUCUCACAGCUUCCCGCCGACUCCGAUACCAGGGCAGUGCAGGCAUCGCCUCCCCGACAACUGGCCCAGCCAGUCCCUGUCCAGCCAGUUCAGGCACAGCCUCCUCCGGCUCCAUACACACCAUCCUACUCAUCUCCUACUCAACAAAUGGCCAAUGCGUCCGUUCACGAGAAAGCGGCAAUGCACAACCAAUACGCAAGCCCGCCUCCCCAGAACCAAUAUGCAAGCCCGCCUCCCCAGGCCCCGCCAGCCUACCCCCAAGUUCCGCCGAUCCUCGGUCUUGCCUCGGCCAUGUACGCAUACACACCUACCGACCCCGGUGACCUCGCCUUGCAGCCGCAGGACCGCAUUCAGAUUAUCGAGCACAUGAACGACGACUGGUGGCGUGGUCGCAACGAGCGCACUGGCCAGGAGGGUAUUUUCCCCCGGAGCUAUGUGAACAUCGUGAACGAGAAGAGCAACGUCUCUUCGCCCCCUCCGACCAACUAUGGCAAUAUGCCCCUUGAGGUUAGCCAGAGUGGUCAGCCCUCGAACCCCGAAGAUCCCAAACAGAACAAGUUCGAGGAAGGCGGUAAGAAAUUUGGAAAGAAGCUUGGUAAUGCCGCAAUCUUUGGUGCCGGUGCUACUGUUGGUUCCAACAUUGUGAACAGCAUUUUCUAG